CGGGCGGAGUCACGUGACUCUCUAAAGAUGGCGGCGCCCAGGGUGGCGGCGUGAAAGUUGUGCGAAGUCCGUGUACCGUGGCGCGGGAGUAGGAGCAGAGGGACCUCGGCGCCAUGUCGCGACUGAUCGUGAAGAACCUCCCGAACGGGAUGAAGGAGGAACGGUUCCGGCAGCUGUUUGCUGCCUUCGGUACACUGACCGACUGCAGCCUGAAGUUCACCAAAGAUGGCAAGUUCCGAAAGUUUGGCUUCAUAGGCUUCAAGUCCGAGGAAGAGGCCCAGACGGCACUGAGCCAUUUCAACCGGAGCUUUAUUGACACGUCCCGAAUCACAGUGGAGUUCUGCAAGUCCUUUGGGGACCCAACGAAGCCCCGAGCCUGGAGCAAACAUGCCCAGAAGCCGAGCCAGUCCAAGCAGCAAGACUCCGUUCCCCCAGACACUAAGAAAGACAAGAAGAAGAAAAAGGUGCCAAAUGACCUGGAGAAGCUGAAGGAAGAUGCCGAGUUCCAGGAGUUCCUAUCAGUUCAUCAGAAGCGGACCCAGGUGGCCACUUGGGCGAAUGAUGCCCUGGAUGCUGAGCCCUCCAGGGGGAGGAUCAAGCCAGCCAGUGACUAUCUGAACUUUGACUCUGACUCGGGCCAGGAGAGUGAGGAGGAGCCAGCCAGGGAGGAGCCUGAAGAGGAGCAAGGCCAGCAGCCAAAGGCGGCAGUCCAGAAGGAGCUGUCCGACAUGGACUACCUGAGAUCCAAGAUGGUGCAGGCACAGGUGUCCUCCUCUUCUGAGGGUGAGGAUGAGGACAGUGAAGAUGAGGCAGUGAACUGUGACGAAGGCAGUGAGACUGAGGAAGAGGAUUCCCCUGCUGCCCCAGUCCAUCAGGAGAGCCAGGGAACCAUGCCCGGGAGCCAGAGGCCUCAGGUUGAGAAACCAGUCAGCCAGAAGGAGCCCACCACACCCUACACUGUGAAGCUACGGGGAGCCCCAUUCAACGUCACCGAGAAAAAUGUUACAGAAUUCCUGGCACCCUUGAAACCAGUAGCCAUUCGAAUAGUGCGAAAUGCUCAUGGGAACAAAACAGGGUAUGUCUUCGUGGAUUUCAGCAGUGAGGAGGAAGUGAAGAAAGCGCUGAAAUGCAACCGGGAAUACAUGGGCGGACGCUACAUCGAGGUCUUCAGGGAGAAGCAGGACCCCAUGGCUCAGGGCCCCCCAAAGAGCAGCACUAAGCCCUGGCAGGGCCGUACACUUGGGGAGCAUGAGGAAGAGGAGGACCUGGCUGACUCCGGGAGGCUCUUUGUACGCAACCUGUCAUACACGAGCUCCGAGGAGGACCUGGAAAAGCUCUUCUCUGCCUAUGGUCCCCUGUCAGAACUCCACUACCCCAUUGACAGCCUGACCAAGAAGCCCAAGGGCUAUGCCUUCAUCACCUUUAUGUUCCCUGAGCAUGCAGUGAAGGCCUAUGCAGAGGUGGACGGGCAGGUGUUCCAGGGUAGGAUGCUUCAUGUACUACCAUCCACCAUCAAAAAGGAAGCCAGUCAGGAGGCCGACACCCCAGGGUCCUCUUACAAGAAGAAGAAAGAAGCUAAGGACAAAGCCAACAGCUCCAGCUCUCACAACUGGAACACACUGUUCAUGGGGCCAAAUGCUGUGGCUGAUGCCAUUGCACAGAAAUACAGUGCCACCAAGAGCCAAGUGUUUGAUCACGAAACCAGGGGCAGCGUGGCUGUGCGUGUGGCUCUGGGGGAGACCCAGCUGGUCCAGGAGGUCAGGAGCUUCCUCAUCGACAACGGCGUCAGCCUGGACUCUUUCAGCCAGGCUGCAGCAGAGCGAAGCAAGACUGUGAUCCUGGCCAAGAACCUCCCAGCAGGCACCCUGGCCACAGAGCUGCAGGAGAUCUUUGGCCGCUUCGGCAGCCUGGGCCGUGUGCUGCUGCCUGAAGGUGGCAUCACAGCCAUAGUAGAGUUCCUGGAGCCCCUGGAGGCCCGAAAGGCCUUCAGGCACCUGGCCUAUUCCAAGUUCCACCAUGUCCCCCUGUACCUGGAGUGGGCUCCUAUUGGUGUUUUCAGCACAGCCCCGAAGAAGAAGGAGCCUGCAGAACCUGCUGAAAAGGAGGAGGUGGAGCCAGAGACCGUACUAGACGGUGAGACUCCAGAAAAUAAAAAGGCUGUGAUGGAAAAAGCAGAGGAUUCCUCGGCCAAGAUGGAGGAGGAAGAGGAGGAGGAAGAGGAGAGCCUCCCAGGAAGCACUCUCUUUAUUAAGAACCUCAACUUCAGCACCUCAGAGGAGACGCUGAAAGAAGUGUUUUCCAGAGUGGGAGCAGUGAGGAGCUGCUCCAUCUCCAAGAAGAAGAACAAAGCAGGCACGCUGCUCUCCAUGGGGUUUGGGUUUGUGGAAUACAAGAAGCCCGAGCAGGCCCAGAAAGCCCUCAAGCAGCUCCAGGGUCACGUUGUGGACGGUCACAAGCUGGAAGUGCGGAUCUCGGAACGGGCCACUAAGCCAGCCCUGACACCCUCUCGGAAGAAACAAGUCCUCAGGAAGCAGACGACCUCCAAAAUCCUAGUACGCAACAUCCCGUUCCAGGCCAACCAGCGGGAGAUCCGAGAGCUCUUCAGCACCUUUGGGGAACUGAAGACAGUGCGCCUGCCGAAGAAGAUGACAGGGACAGGCGCACACAGGGGCUUCGGUUUUGUGGACUUUGUCACCAAGCAGGAUGCAAAGAGAGCCUUCAACGCACUGUGUCACAGCACUCACUUGUAUGGCCGGAGGCUGGUUUUGGAGUGGGCUGACUCUGAGGUGACUGUGCAGGCCCUACGACGGAAGACAGCCAGGCAUUUCCAAGAGCCCCCAAAGAAAAAGCGGUCUGCAGUGUUGGAUGGGAUCCUGGAGCAGCUGGAAGACAGUGAGGACGAGGAUGUGGAGCAAACCCUUCUGUGAGCCGGCACUGCCAGGACCCAGGAAUACCACCCUGCCUGCUGGAGAAAGCCAUGGAAAUGCUCAGCAGGAACGUUUCUUAAGAAGAGUCCUUCAGCUACAUGGUGCUCUGUGUUGGUGGUCCCAGCCCUCUUUGCUGGGAUGAGAUCUGUCACCAGCACCAGCAUGUACCUGCGAGUCCUCACAGAGGAGUGGGGACCCAUAGCAGCCUGGCCACCAGGGGAAACGGGUACCACCUCCUGAGGCCAAGUCAUCUCUGGGUUGUCACUCUAGAAAGUUGUAACUGUGAGGCUGGAGUUAGAUGCCACAGUCCCUAAGUACGUGGUGGGUGGAGUCCCAGGCUGGACUGAGUCCUCGUGACCCUGGUGCCCCUUUCUUUGACAGCCCCAAUCAAGGUUAAAUCAGCUGAUUGGUUGUGGGGUCCUCACCACAGCCCCAUGGAUGGUUUCCCCAUUUUACAGUUGAGGAAACUGAGGCCUGCCUUGGGCCAAAGAUUUCCUCAGAAGUCCUCACCCCACACUCAACUACAUCCAGAGAAGACCUGGGAGAGAAUGCCCACAUAGCUUUGUAGAUGUUUUCCAGCUCUCUCUGUUCCAUGUGGAAACAGACUAGGGGAGCAUGCAGCUUAGGGGACUAUAGGGAACAGAGAACGCUGAGCUGGAGCUGGCUUGUGGAGUCUGAUGGGUGAGUGUUUACCUAGCACAGAGGGGACAGAAGUCUUGGACAUACAGUCCGGUUAGCCCAGGUUCAGCCUCAGCCUUCUGAAGCCCACAUGGGCACUACGAGCCACAGCCAGUCCAAACAGAAGUAAGGCAUGGACAAAGUGUCCUCCCUGCCUUCCCCCUAGUCACAAUGUCAUUUCUGUGAGACUAGGCAACAUUAAAGGUAACACAAGGGGCUGGAGAGAUGGCUCUCAACCAGUUAAGAACACUGAUUGUUCUUGCAGAAGACCCAGGUUUGAGUCCCAGCACCCA